CUCGCCGCUUUUUAAACACACAGAAAGCGUAUAUCGAUUCUAGCGUGAUAAAGUAACCGUCAGUUGUGCACAAGCGUUCUGUUAAUUACGUGUUUUCCUAUAAACUAAUCUUUAUUUAUAACAAUCAACAUGGAAUCCGCUAUUGUACACUUGGAACAAAGUGUUAAGCAGGCUGAUGGAAAAUUGGAUAUGAUCGCGUGGCAAAUUGAUACUUUUGAAAAGCAAUUUGAAAACCCAGAUAGUGAGAUGUCUGUGCUUCGUCUAUUAAGGUCUGUUCAUCAAGUAACAAAAGAUUAUGAGAAUCUUCAUCGAGAAAUAUUGGAGGUUCAACAGUUGCAAAAACAACUUUCAGAUUCUCUUAAAACGCAAUUGUCCCAGGUUGUUGGACACUUUAACUUGCUACGUAAUAAGAUAGUGGAACAACACAAAAAUCCACAACUAAAAUAA